CAAAUUCGAAACGCGACCUGUCUGAGACGUUCGAUGACCGUGUGACGCUAUUCUGCUCAUUUUCAUAGCAUGAAUCUCUCCUCGACCAUUUUGGGUUUGCUUUCUAUUGCAGCUUAUGGCGAAGCAUUCAGAAGACAACGUCGUGGCGCCUACGCAACUGGCUACGGUCCUUAUCGAGGAAGUGGCUAUGGAUACUCCACUGUCAGAGUCUACCAUUAUUAUAGACCCUCGUAUUUCAUGCAAUGCUGCAUGAUGCCAAUGUUUCCGCUUCCUCCUCCUCCGCCACCUCCACCACCACCUCCUCCUCCUCCACCAAUAAUAUGGAGAAGAAAGUUCAUCAUUUUCGAAGAAGAUUGCGAUCCAUGCAAAGAAACGAGGUACGAACGCCCUUAUAGCCGACCAACACCAGAAAGCAGUUACCAACCCCCUCCUCCGCCUCCAUCUUCUGGAUAUGGAACUCCAGAAACCAACUACAAACCACCCUCACUUCCACCUGGGUAUGGAACUCCAAAGCAGAAAUAUGAACCGCCUCCAUCUCCACCUGGCUACAGCCCAGAUACAGCUGCUCCAAUCCAAGUGCCUGCUGCCGGUGAGCCAAAACCUGUUGCUGAAGGAACUCAAACUCAAGAAUUAGAACCUGUAACUGCCAGUACUGAGGGCCCUGCGCCACCUGCACCAUCACCAACAGAUGCUUCGAUAACGACAGAGCCAACUCCCAAUACUGUACAAGUGCGAAGCAUUCAAGAACCACCUCAAGAACCUCAAGGACCAAGCAUAAAUGGCCAUGGUCCUCCAGGAAUCAUGCCCACCGGUUCUGUGACAGACAUCCAACCUUUUCCAGACACAAGCGAAUCUCAAGGGCCAGCUACCAAACUCGUUCAAUCGCGCGGAAUGCCUGGUUUUCAUGUUAUUUCAUGAAAAAAGUUUAAU